AUGUCUGGCCGUGGAAAGGGAGGAAAGGUAAAGGGAAAGGCAAAGUCCCGUUCCAACCGUGCCGGUCUUCAGUUCCCCGUUGGCCGUAUUCAUCGUCUCCUGCGCAAGGGUAACUAUGCCGAGCGCGUCGGUGCCGGAGCGCCCGUGUAUCUGGCAGCCGUCAUGGAAUACUUGGCCGCUGAAGUGCUUGAGUUGGCCGGAAACGCUGCCCGUGACAACAAGAAGACGCGCAUCAUCCCGCGUCAUCUGCAGCUGGCCAUCCGCAACGACGAGGAGUUGAACAAGCUGCUGUCCGGAGUAACCAUCGCUCAGGGUGGUGUGCUGCCCAACAUUCAGGCCGUGCUGCUGCCCAAGAAAACCGAAAAGAAGGCUUAA